UUUGUUAUUCCAUUGCACAUUGCAGUGCAUCUGAGUAACACAGAUCGGACUCAAUUUCCCUUUCGCAAAUCGGAGUCCGAAAGUGAUGAAGCCGGUGCUGCAGCAGCCACAACGGAAAUAGAAAGGAAAAACAAAAAACAAAAAAGUGACCGUGUUGAUUGAAAUCAAAAUCAUUACCUGAAUUCGAUUGGAGAUUGUGUGUCCCACCAGCCGUUAGAUCCAACAAGAAAUGAAGGAUGAUGAUGGUCUUCCAACGACGACAGCAAAUACGAAAAAGGAAACAUGGGAUUCGGGUCUGUUUGGGAAAGGUAGGUAUAAAUUCUGGGCAUUAGCCGCAAUCUUGCUUCUGGCGUUUUGGUCCAUGUUCACCGGCACCGUCUCUCUUCGCUGGUCCGGCACUCUUAACUCUUUAUCCAAUGACAUCGACACUCCCAUCCACGACGAUCUCGAUGUCCUCGAAAUGGAGGAGAGGGAGAAGGUGGUGAGGCACAUGUGGGAUGUGUACACCAAUAGCCGCAGGAUCAGGUUGCCUAGGUUUUGGCAAGAGGCCUUCGAGGCUGCCUAUGAAGAAUUGACCAGUGAUGCACCUGGUGUCAGAGACGCUGCCAUCACCGAGAUCGCCAAGAUGUCUGUGCGCUCCAUUGAUUUUGAUCCACCUCCCAUCCAAUCUACGAGAACCCGAGAAUUGAGAGCGAGCCUCGAGCAAGUUAAGAAAGGAAAAGAAGCAACAGCCUUUAGGCGUGCUUAAAAUGUUAGUGUGUGGAGCAUUCAAGGGUCUGGCUUGUACUUGAAAAUGCUCCUGGACUACCAGAAGAUUGUGAAGAGGCAGUGAUGGGCGAAGCCAUACUCGGAUUUUCAUGCUUCCAUAAGACGGCUAAUUAUGUAAUUUACUAGGUUGUGGUUCUUUCAAAUUUUGCAGUCAAAUUCCAAGUCUUCACAAAGUGAAGAGUAGUAAAUUGAACUACGACCUUUUGGGUUUACAAAUUCAACUGAGUAUAUUUUUUUGAGGUUUAUUUCAUGGCAACUAAGUUCUAAAUGUCCCGUGUUUCUAUGAGUACAUUUCUUUCUUGAUUACAGCAAGUCCGCGUGCU